UAUAAUUCGCAUUGUCUUUAAUAUCCAUUGCCAGUGAAUCCGUCUUUGAGUCUCCUCUCGUCAUUAUUGAGUUUUACGACUAAAUUUCUUGGAUAACCUGCCACCAUGACUGACCGUAAGGCUGUCGUCAAGAAUGCUGAUAUGUCAGAAGACAUGCAGCAAGACGCCAUCGAGUGCGCCACCCAAGCCAUGGAGAAAUUCAACAUCGAGAAGGACAUCGCUGCCUACAUCAAGAAAGAGUUCGACAAGAAGUACAACCCGACCUGGCAUUGCAUUGUGGGUCGCAACUUCGGCAGCUACGUAACGCACGAGACCAAGCAUUUCAUCUACUUCUAUAUGGGGCAGGUGGCCAUCUUGCUUUUCAAAUCAGGAUGAUUUCCUUCACCCAUAUUAGUGUCCUAGGACUGUAGGAUUGUCUUUCAGAGGGGCCUUAUUUAACGUUAACCUUUGUAGACUUUUGAAUCGCAAAGUUAUCAACUCGUGACUGUGAACUCAGUAAUUCGUUGUUAUUCAUAAUGGGUAUUUCCAUAAGGAACCCACUUUGUGACAUGCUUAUUUUUACCCUAAAAUCAGUAAAUCAUCUUUUUGUUGAAAAUUACUACUAGGAAUGGUCUUAUUGAGAAAGUCCCUUCUAAAUGGGAAUAUAGUCAGAAAUAAAAUCAGAGCAGAAAAGCAGUCACCAUACUGGUUUGUAUAAUAGGGCGCAAUUGUGUUUUUCGUUUAAAGGUGGACACCAAGAUGCCAAAUUCACUUUUGAGCACCCCAGAACAAGUUAAAUAUAAUAUUUAAGUUGAUUUCAGAGAGAGUGGUCAUAAUGCAAGUCAGUAAUCCAUUCAGCUAAUCAACAAUACUUUUUUUAGAUUCUAAUGUAAUGCUGGAAAACUAAUUUUUCACAGUCUCACAUGUAAGUGCGCCAAAAUGAUUAUUCGUCUAUUCUCCAUUUUUUUUCAAAGUGUGCUUUGAAGUAGUCAUUAUUUAUCAAUGUAUGUAAAGAUCGCACAAAUAGGAUGAAAUUAUGUCGAAUUUGUAGCAAAUAACAUUAAGAUUAGAAAAUUAAAGUAUUGACAUAUCGUCACAAUGUAAUAUUUUGGGAGACAUCAACGUUAUCUGUUGAAGAUAAUAAUAGCCAUAUUUUCAUAAUGUUCUAUAAACUAUAGCCCCUCCCUUUGGAAGGGUAAAUGUGGAUUCUACAAUCAAAAGUUAGUGUUUCCUAUAUGUAUCUCAUUUUGAAGACACCAAAUCUUACACGGUGAACACAUUUUUGAGAUUCUCUAAUGCCUCCUGACAAUCAUUUCUUGAAUAAUUUCAGGUUACAAUUAUUUUCAAAAUCAAUUUGUUGUCUAUUAUUUCUUUCCAUGUUUCAAAAAAGAUUAAAUGACACUUGUUUGAAUUUUACACUAUAAUUUCAUAAUGUGCAGUCGCUUUUAUUCCAGGUAAAAAAAAUAGUACAGUCAAACACACAUUUUCCUUCUAUGGAACCAUGUGUUUUAAUCAGCAACACGGUAAACAUGUCGAAAUUACUAUUUCUUCAUCGGCAAAUCAGAAAAUUUUGAUUUUUUUACACAUAUUUUUGUUUUUCUACAUUUCAAUAUAUCACAGGUGCAUAGGUCCCCAAUAAGUUAUUUUCAAAUUGAAUACUCCAUGCAACAAUCUGAAAUUGGAAGAAAAAAAAAAUAUAUAUAUAUAUACAUACCGAAAUGUGGCUUCAGGAUGGUCAUAUAUACACAAGGCAAAUCUAAGCAUUCCAUCAUCUGUAUUGUUAUUAUAUUUAAUAUUAUCAUUAUGCCGAUAUCUCUCGGUGAAUAAUUAGGUGAUUAAAAAAAAUAUUAUAUACUAUGGAAAUAUAUCCGACUUAGUUUUAUCUCUGAUGAGAAAUAGAAGGAUAUGAAGAGAUGUGCAUUUGACUUCAUUUUUUUCACUCAUAAUUGUAUAUAAUAAGCGCCACUUAUUUAAAUUAGUCGCAUAUCCAGAUGAGUUUAUCACACUGUAUUUAGUAUAAAAAAAGAUAGUGUCAGUACUAUGUAGAAACAAUUAACAUGUAGAAUCAGUCGCUAUAUAGCAUGCGUUUUUACAGUAUGUUUUGUAGUACACUUCAGAAAAAAAUAUUAAGUUGAUUAACCAAUGAACCUAUAUAAGAACUGUUGGGUAAAAUAAAAUUGUAUGUGAAAUGUAAAACGAAUGGAGAUUUCUUUACCACCAGAUAUGUUCAUAUGUUAACCAACCUGGAAAGUCGGUUAAAACACUAUGCAAGUGUACGCAAAAUAAGAUUUAACAUGUUUAAGAAAUGUUAUAGAUGUGUUAGCUAAAAACUGCACUUUGUAUAAUAAAAUCUGUAUACUAUUGACAUUUAAUAAUGAGUAAUAAAUAAAAUAACGAAAUAUUCCA